UACUUUGGUAGAUAAUUGUUCAAUUAUUCAUUUAUGAGAAGAUUUAUUCACAAACGAUGGAUUGGAUCUAUUUCAUCAGUGUAAUCAUUUGUUUAUUUCUGCUGAAACAAUUCAUCUCUCUACUAUUGAUUCUAUUCAAUUAUACAAUAGGAAUAAGGUUAUUUUCUAAAAGGAAACUAUUAAAACAUGCAGGUGAAUGGGCAAUUGUGACUGGUGCGACUGAUGGAAUUGGGAAAGCUUAUGCAGAAGAAUUGGCUAGUGAUGGUUUGAAGAUAAUGUUAAUUAGCAGGAAUGCACAGAAACUUGAACGUGUAGCCGAUGAGAUUGAAGAGAAAUACAAUAUAGAGACGAGAGUUGUAACAGCGGAUUUUACAAAUGUUGAUGUUUAUGACAGGAUCAAAGAAGCUAUCGAUCAAUUAUCAUCAAUUGCUUGUUUAGUAAAUAAUGUUGGAAUGGGUCCGCCUAAAUUAGACUAUUUCGCUACCACGGAUUACUUAACAUUGAAUUUUAUCAAGGAUAUGAUAAUUUGUAAUACUUUACCAAUUGCUAUAAUGACACGUUUCAUAUUGCCGAAAAUGUUGAAACAACACACAUCAAAUAUGGCAAUCAUUAACAUUGGAUCAUAUUCUGGUAAUAGAUCCUGUCCAUUUUUAUCAUUGUAUUCUGGUACGAAAGCAUUUGGGAAUCAAUUAUCUCGAUCAAUAUCUGAUGAAAACUAUGAUAAUCGUAUAAUUAUACAAACUGUUUGUCCAAUGUUUGUAUCGACCUCUAUGACUGAUCAUUACAAAGUGUCCUUUUUUAUACCUGAUGCAAAACAAUAUGCCUGCAGUGCAUUAGAUAUGUUUGGUGUUGAAAAUGAAACAUUUGGUUAUAUUGGUCAUGCAAUUAAUGCUUAUCUUACUAGUUUCUUACCGAAUUUUAUUUGGAAACAAAGUUGGUUAUUGAUAAGAUCAUGGUUUCGUAAACACAAGAAACAGUAUGAUUAAAAGAUGUACUUCAUAUUGAGCUAUUUUGUCUAAUCAUAUAACUUUACAUAUUUAUUCAGUUAAAAAGUUUCGUUUAUCAUCUGUAUUUCGUAAACCACUUUUAAUUUUGUAAAUGUGAAAUAUUGUCAGAGUUAUUGUCUUUCUAAAUUUGUGAAAAUUUAAGCUCUUGUUUUUUUUCAUAUUGUAAAAAUUGAAUAUUGAAUUGAUGAAUUCAUCUUUUCAAAAAUUGAAAAUAAAUUAACAAAAUUCUAAUGUAUUUAAACUAUUUUUGGUGUAAAUUCUUCUAGUAAACUUGAUUGAUUGACCGAUUAUUUUGACCUCUUUUUGAUUUUCAUAUAUUAUUCAUUUGUUUUAAAUAAAUGUUACUUGUUA